AUGAAGAACGAAAAUAAGGAAAAUGUCGAGAAAGAAGAAACGUCUCAAAUGGAAGUGAUUCCCGAAUUGGCGCCGACGCCUUGCCGGAAACGAACCCGCUCCCCAGGAUCCUCUUCGGCACCGUAUCCAAAAGUGAGCCGCGAUAUUUUCCAACUAGGGAUUACGCGCAACGACGAGCGUGAAAAAGAAAAUUUAAGACAAACUGAUGAUCUUUUCAGAGAGUCAAAGAAGGUGAAAAAUGAGGAAGAUGAUUUCGACACGAGCAUGGGACUCUUCGACCAGAGCAUGGCGGAAGAAAGCACGCAGGAAUCUCAAGACGUAAAAAUGACGCAGGACACGCAAGAAAUGAAAGAAGAAAAGGAAGAAUCCGACUUCGAUGAUGACGACUUUGAUUUUGACGAAUUAGCUCUUGCUUCUCAAACCCAAUCUCAACGCGAAAUCAAAUCUGGCGAACUUCGAGGACGGGCGACUGUUGUAGAACGCAUUGGACAAGAUUACGUGAUUGUUGAAAACACAAAGGGAGAGUUUUUCAAAUUGAAAGUUGAUCCAGAUUGGUAUUUACAAGUGAACGACAUCGUCCACGGCCCUCCAGAAUUCGGCUCAGUCGUCGUUGCUCAUUCUGACACUUUGAUUUCGUCGACGAAUGUGGCGACCGCAGCAAAAUGCCCUCGAGAAGCAGUUCUCGGUGAUCGUUUCCGAGAUGCUGAGUAUGGAAGUCGCGGCAGCGUUCGAAUGCUCAUCGGCACCAUCCUCCACGAAGUGUUCCAAGAGCUGCUAACAGAAACAAUCAAAGGGCGAAUAAUUUCUGUAGAUAAAAUCGCGAACGAGUUCAAGAAAAUCGCCUCCAAUUUCAUCGAAGAUAUCAUGUUAGCAGGAAGCGACAUCGAUGCGGUGACGAAGGAAUCUGAGGGCUACUUUGCGAUGAUUUCCACGCUGCUAAAAGGCCUCUGUCAGACUGGCUUCGAUACAAAGCUUCAAUUCGCUAGCUCUACGAAUCCAAACAUGACGAAUUUCGUCGACAGCAAAAUCAAAAUAGAACAAGUUCCAGAUAUCGAAGAAAACCUUUGGGAGCCUCGACUGGGAAUCAAAGGCAAAAUUGAUAUAACUGCGAGGAUAAGCGCGAUGGAUCUUGGAAAAAGAUCGAGCGAAAAAUUAACGACGCCUAUUGAAUUGAAGUCUGGUCGAGGAGAUCAGCUCAUUCAAGAGCAUCGAAUUCAGACACAGCUGUACGGCGCUGUUCACGCGAUUCGGGGCAAGCAAAAGUUUCAAAGGACAACCGGGCUGGUUUGUUACAUCAAGACAGGAAAGGUGUUUUCAGUUCCUGUGAAAAAGAUUGAAAUUGACACGAUUAUGGAACGAAGAAAUGUCGUAGCUAGUUAUGUGCGGCGGCCAUUAAAAGAGGAAGAUGAAGAUAUUCGACCGCUCCCUCCACUCAUCCCUGAUGGAAGGCGCUGUGAAAAUUGUUUCAAGCGAUCCCUUUGUUCAUUUUGGGCGAAGGCAGAAGGAUUGAUUCACGAAGACGCUAAAACGCAGGAAGUAUUUGAUGAAGAACAGAAAAAUGUUACCCCAGAACUGCUAGAAUACGUUAUAAAAUGGACAAAGUUGGGUCUCCUUGAGCAGAAAAACAUCAGCAGAAAAUUACGAGGCAAGGAAAUUUGGAACAAUAAAGAUGAUCCGAAGUCAAUGAUGACAGGAUUGGAGAGUCACGGGCCACCGGUAAGAACCGGUAAUCGCUGGAAGACGGUCUUCAGACUUCCGUUUGGCAAAAAUUGGCCAUUUGAUCUAGGGCAGUCGGUCUACUUCUCUCACGGUGAGCGUCUCGCUGUCGCCAGUGGUUGGGUAACUCGUUUAAACCCGAGCAAGGGGAUGAGUUCUCGGGGAAUUGUUGAGUUGAGCUUGAACCAGUGUCUUCCGCAGAAGAAGGAUUACCAGGCGAAUCUCGGAAAAGGCGCUGGCGGCGGAAAUUUCGACACAACUCUCUGGCUUGGCAAUAUCAUGCUUUACGCAUCUCCAUACGGCGAACAAUUACAAAAACUACUCCUGAACGCUCCUACUUAUAGAAAAAAUGUAAAGCAGAGUUUUCCGGAGACUUAUGAGUUUGCGCGAGAUACUUUGAAGAAAGCGCUGACAGGAAGACUGAAUGUCCACCAGAAGAGAGCAAUCAAGUUGGCUCUUGAAGCAAAAAACUACUCGCUGAUUCAGGGGUUUCCUGGUUCUGGAAAAACAAGCGUAAUUGUAGAACUGAUUCGGAUUCUUUUGGCGUUUGGGCAACGAGUACUCAUCACAUCGCACACUCACUCGGCAGUCGACAAUAUUCUGACUAGAGUUCUACCAAAGAUGACAAAGCAGCAAGUAAAGGAGACGAUCAGAAUUGGUGAUGACAAGAAAAUCGAGAUUUCUGUACAGCAUGUAUCAGAACAAACCCGGCUCGCGAAUUGCAAGACUAAUGAGGACUACAAAAAUGUGUACGAAAAAGCAAGACUGGUUGCUGGAACAUGCAUGGGUGUCUCAAGACAUGCUGUCUUCACUGGAGGGCCAGUUGAUUAUGCGAUUGUAGAUGAAGCUGGACAAGUUUCUGAGCCAAUUGUUUUAGGCGCUCUUGUGCACUGUCGAAAGUUCAUUCUCGUUGGCGAUCCUUGCCAGCUUCCACCCCUUAUCCAUUCCCGCAGCGCUAAACAGAAUGGAGCUCAAAUUUCACUUAUGGAAAGACUAGCGAAAGCGUAUCCCGACUCCUUGCGACAGCUCCAAACACAGUAUCGAUUCAAUGCUGAUAUCACUGCCCUAGCGAAUCAUCUAACCUACGAGGGGAAAAUGGAAUGUGGUGAGGGCAACAAGGACCAAACACUGCUCUCGGUGCAUCAGAGCUGGAAGUCUUCUGAAUCGCAAGUCUGGCUCAACGACGCGAUUGAUCCGGCGAAAACAAUCACAUUUAUUGAUACCUCAGAAAAGCUUGGCUUGGAAAAUAAGAUCGAAGGAAGAGGUUACACGAACCCGACAGAGGUUCAGAUCGUCAAAUAUUUGGUCAAGAGAUUGAAUGUCAUGAAGAUCAAGAAGGAUUGCAUUGGGAUAAUUGCGCCGUACCGAGCUCAAAUCGAGCUACUUCGAGAAAAGCUCGAAUCAGAAGAAGGCGUUGAAAUUGACACCGUCGACAAAUUUCAAGGACGUGAAAACAAAAUAAUCAUCAUUUCCUUCGUACGAUCGAUCCCUGACAUGGACGUAGACAAGCUGAACUCGGAGCUGUUAGAGUCAGUAAAUCGAAUCAACGUCGCUUGUACUCGGGCACAAUACAAGUUGAUCUUCGUCGGUUGCAAGAAAACCAUCGAAAAGAUCGACAUCACAAAGAAGCUCGUCAGUUUUCUAGAAAAGAAUAAAAAUAUCACGAGGCUUGCUCUAGAUCAAUUCCUGCACUAG